AACGACUCCUCCUUUCCGUUUUCCUCUGAUUCUCGAGGGGUUUUAUUGGCGCCAGGCGCUCUCUCUCUCUCCUCUUCCUGUCAACUGAACUGGCGGUGAUGGGGGAUCCAAACCCUAGAAGAAGUUUGAGAUGUCUGCACUGCGCAGGUCCUCUCUCAAAGGAGAUGGAAACGAGCGAUUGGAAUGUUCCUCCGCUCAUCAGGGAUAGCUUUUGUAUGAUUGGGACUGCCGUUGGUGGCACAACAAGUGCGUUCUAUGGCUUCAACCAUGUGAUGCCAGUGGUUCGGAGGUGGGUUAAAGGACCUAUGUGGUUGCAUUUCCUCGUUGGUGCUCCACCUGUGAUGGUUUUCUCUUCAGCUUGUGCUGGGUUGGCAGGUGGUGCAGUUCCAGCACUUGCCCAACUUGCAUCUUCAUCUUACCAUGCAGCUUUCUCAUCUCCAUCAUUGCCAUCUCCAUCCUCACAGGACGAUCAGAUUCACAAAUCACGAACGUCCUCUACUCUAUAAUAUCCCUUCUAUAAGCACAAGAGAGAGCACUUUUGGUGACGCCCUUCAGGCAAUGGAGCCAUCCUCUUGUUCGCUUUUGUGAAUGGCUUCCUCGCCUUACACCAGAAACGCCUGGCUUGGACCCAUAUGUCCCCUGUGGUCUUGCUUCAAGAAUGGUUCUUAUGUAUGUAACAGAGCUAGGGAUUCCUUUCCUAUCAUUUAUACAGAAAUAUUCUUCCAGUUGAGAGCAUUAUCCUUUUUGGAGUAAAAUCCUUUUGACAUGCCUCUGUAAUGUGAUUUUGACACCGUAAUAAGUUACAGUAAAGAGAUGGGAUAUGUUUUCACCAAAAAAA